UGGGGGAGGGGGACACCCUGACGUCAGCCCCCCCAACAGCGAGCAGGAGGCUCCAGUGGGCAGCACAGGCCAGCAGGGGGCGGCUCCCCGGCCAGCAGCGGGCCAACCACGUGACACGGGAACGUCGCGCGACCCUCCAGCCGCACGUGCUCUCGCGGAUCAGCGACGUCACAACGGUCCCCGCGAGGCGUCCCCGCCCCCGCCCGGAAGCGGCGCUGGGGCGGCGGCUGAGCGAUGGCAGAGGCCGAGCCCGGGGCCGCGCCGCUGCCGCACGGCUGCCCCGGCACCAGCAGCGCCCAGGCCGGCAAAACCGCCGCCUGCCAGGGCUGCCCCAACCAGCGGCUGUGCGCCGCCGGCGGCCCCGCCGCCUCGGACCCCGCUAUAGAAGAAAUAAAGGAGAAAAUGAAAAUUGUGAAGCACAAAAUCCUAGUUUUGUCUGGGAAAGGAGGAGUCGGCAAGAGCACUUUCAGCGCCCACUUGGCUCAUGGCUUAGCAGAGGACGAGACUAAACAGGUUGCUCUGCUGGACAUAGAUAUUUGUGGACCAUCAAUCCCUAAAAUAAUGGGUAUAGAGGGAGAACAGGUUCACCAGAGUGGUUCUGGAUGGUCUCCGGUGAAAACUUGUGUGUCAUGUCUGUGGGGUUCUUGCUCAGUGGUCCUGAUGAUGCUGUUAUCUGGAGAGGACCCAAAAAAAAUGGAAAUAUCACUUCAGGAUGUUCGAAAGGAGAUCAACUUUUGUCAUAAGGUGAAACUGCCAAUCAUAGGUGUUGUUGAAAAUAUGAGUGGCUUUGUAUGCCCAAAAUGUAAGAUUGAAUCUCAAAUCUUUCCUCCAACAACUGGAGGAGCAGAGAAGAUGUGCCAAAAUUUAAAUAUUUCUCUCCUGGGGAAAGUGCCUCUAGAGCCUCAAAUAGGGAAAAGUUGUGAUGAAGGCCAAUCUUUUUUCUCUGAAAUACCUGAGUCCCCAGCUACUUCAUCUUACAGGAAUAUCAUCCAAAGGAUUCAAGAAUAUUGUGGCCUACAACACCCACAAGAAAAAUUAUCUAACCAAGGAAUGGAAUAAAUGUGCAGUUAACUAUAGGAAAGCAACGAUUGUGUCAUGAAUUGAUAGGCAGAAUGUAAAGACUUAUACUCCUUUUCUGUAUUGCAAAUAAAUAAUUUUUAAGUUAA